AACGAAAGUAACUAUCUUGCAGUGGGCGAAGAGUAACAAUGGAAGACGGACGUGAGAAGUGGAGUCGGAAAAUCGAAUACCUUUUGGCCACAGCAGGGUAUGCUGUUGGACUGGGGAACGUAUGGAGGUUCCCAUAUCUGUGCUACAGAAGUGGAGGGGGGGCUUUCCUGAUCCCGUUCCUGAUCAUGCUGACCCUGUGUGGUAUCCCUCUGCUUUACAUGGAGAUGGCAGUGGGUCAGUUCACGCAGCAGGGGCCAAUAGGGGCCAUUGGGAGACUGUGUCCUCUAUUCAAAGGUGCUGGCCUUGCCACUGUGGUGAUAUCGUUUUUGUUUACAACAUACUACAACGUGAUAAUAACCUGGGCGUUCUACUACCUGUUCAGCUCGCUACAGGCCGUCCUACCAUGGUCAGACUGCAGCAAUGAUUGGAACACGGACACCUGUUUUGAUGGCAGCAACAAGACUGUGGUUGACUUGACAACCAAUAUCACCAUGGUGGUUGCCAGGUCAAACAAUAGCAUAUCACCAACAGAAGAUUUCUUUGAGAGCCGUCUCCUUCAGAAAACCUCCGGUAUUGACUCCCCAGGGGCACUGAAAUGGGACCUGGCCCUUAUUCUGCUGUUCUGCUGGAUCCUGGUAUACUUCUGUUUAUGGAAAGGGCCAAAACUGACAGGCAAGGUUGUGUAUUUCACUGUCACAUUCCCAUACCUGGUGCUGCUGGUUCUCCUGAUACGAGGUUUGACACUGCCUGGGGCUGUCAACGGCAUCCUCUAUUUCAUUGUGCCACGUUGGGAACUCCUCCUGAAUGCAAAUGUGUGGGUGAAUGCCGCUGCUCAGACCUUCAACUCACUUGGUAUUGCGUUUGGAGGCAUCAUCACCAUGUCCAGUUACAACAAGCGUAACAAUAGGAUACUUAAGGAUGUACUUGCUAUAGGGCUGCUGGAUGCGUUCACAUGUGUGCUGGCAGGCUUUGCAAUAUUCUCUAUCCUUGGGUACCUGGCACACAACCAGGGCAAAGAUGUCCAUGAUGUUGUCAAAGAAGGGCCAGGUCUUGUGUUUAUCAUCUACCCUGAGGCGUUCACCAGCAUGCCUGUGUCCCCAUUGAUAUCAGUACUUUUCUUCCUCAUGCUCAUCACCCUUGGAAUAGAUAGUCAGUUUGCCUCAGUUGAAGUGAUUGUUACAACCAUUCAAGACCAUUUCAGCCUUCAAGUGAAGAAGUACCUCAAGAGGAAGGAAAUACUCGUACUGUUAGUCUGUUUGAUCUCAUUUCUUUGCGGCCUGCCAAAUGUUACUCAGGGUGGUAUAUAUUUCUUCCAACUCAUUGACAACUUUUCGUCAGCCAUGUCUCUCAUGUAUCUGGCAUUCUUCGAGGUCAUAGCUAUCACAUGGAUCUACGGAGCACGUCGUUUGGCAAAAGAUGUUGAGAUGAUGACUGGUGUAAGGCCAAACAUUUUCUUUGUUGUUUGCUGGUAUGUCUUCUCACCUCUUCUCAUACUGGGUAUCUGGAUAUUCAGCCUGGUACAAUACACACCCUUCUCUAUGGCUGGUUACGAGUAUCCUGGCUGGGCUAUUGGUCUAGGCUGGUUCCUGGCUGCUCUCUCCAUUGUCUGCAUCCCGGCAGGCAUGAUACAUGCUGUCCUCAACAGUAAGGGGCAGUCACUCUGGCAGAAAUUCUUGAACGCAUUAAAACCUGUGAGUGAAGAAGAAACAACCACAAUGACUUCUUACACAAAGGAAAGAGAUGUAGAGGAUGUUAGAUAUAAUGGUAGUACUAGAGCCACUAAGUUCCAAGAGGAACACCAUGAAUACCCGAAUGGAAGUCCGGUGAAGCCUCUAAGCUACACAAAGGUGUGACCUGCACACUUUUCUAUGAGUUCUUAUUUAGCAUUGUCAAUUUGUGUUGUAUGCCAUCGUCAGAACCCAGUCACUCACGUGUGCUAUGCAUGGUUGAGUGUGGGAGAUAAGGCAACCCAAAUUGUGUUGGCAUAAAAAAUUGCAUGGAAAUUCAAGCAUUAUUUUAUAACACUUUGGUAAGGUGGCAUAUAGCAGUUGAACUGUCCGUCUGUCUGUUAGUCCGUGUGUCAGUUCGAAAACUUAAACAUUGGUCAUAACUUUUGCAAUAUUGAAGAUAUUUGGCAUGCAUGUGUAUCGCAUGGAGCUGCACAUUUUGAGUGGUAAAAGGUCAAGGUCAUCCUUCAAGGUCAAAGGUCAAAUAUAUGGCUUCAAAGCGGCACAGAAGAGGGCAUUGUGUUUCUCAAAAAACACAUAUCUUGUUUCUAUAUUAAAGGUAAAAAAAGAUAUUUUAAUCUUUCCUACCUUGAAAUUUAAUAUAAACAUAUUAAUGUUUUAUUGACUUGAGUAUACAAAAGUGCACUUGUCCUGCUGUACAACUUCUUAGAACAAACAUAACUUGUCAGGACUAGCGGAAUUUUUAUGUCCCCCACUAUAGUAGUGGGGGACAUAUUGUUUUUGCCCUGUCUGUUGGUUGGUUGGUCUGUUGGUUGGUUAGUUGGUUUGUUGGUCUGUUGGUUGGUUUGCGCCAACUUUAACAUUUUGCAAUAACUUUUGCUAUAUUGAAGAUAGCAACUUCAUAUUUGGCAUGCAUGUGUAUCUCAUGAAGCUGCACAUUUUGAGUGGUGAAAGGUCAAGGUCAUCCUUCAAGGUCAGAGGUCAAAUAUAUGUGGCCAAAAUCGCUCAUUUGAUGAAUUCUUUUGCAAUAUUGAAGAUAGCAACUUGAUAUUUGGCUUGCAUGUGUAUCUCAUGGAGCUGCACAUUUUGAGUGGUAAAAGGUCAAGGUCAAGGUCAUCCUUCAAGGUCAGAGGUCAAAUAUGUGUGGCCCAAAUCGCUUAUGUUAUGAAUACUUUUGCAAUAUUGAAGAUAGCAACUUGAUAUUUUGCAUGCAUGUGUAUCUCAUGGAGCUGCACAUUUUGAGUGGUGAAAGGUCAAGGUCAUCCUUCAAGGUCAGAGGUCAAAUAUAUGUGGCCCAAAUCGCUUAUUUUAUGAAUACUUUUGCAAUAUUGAAGAUAGCAACUUGAUAUUUGGCAUGCAUGUGUAUCACAUGGAGCUGCACAUUUUGAGUGGUGAAAGGUCAAGGUCAUCCUUCAAGGUCAAAUAUAUGGGUCAAAAUUGCUCAUGUAAUGUCACUUCUGCAAUAUUGAAGCUAGCAAUUUUAUAUUUGAAAUGCAUGUGUAUCUCAAGGAGCUGCACAUUUUGAGUGGUGAAGGGUCAAGGUCAAGGCCAUCCUUCAAGGUCAAACGUCAUAUAGGGGGACAUUGUGUUUCACAAACACAUCUUGUUAUGCUGUGAGUUACAUGGCAGGCGACAUUAAUUUUGUAAUAUUUACAUGUUAUCCAUAUGCUUUUAUAAUGUUUAAAUUGUUACCUGCUCAAAAGACUGUUGCUUCCUAGAUUUCAUUUAAACAGUAUACAUUUAUAAAGCGUAUAUGAAAGUCAUUUUUAAUUAUUUGACUCGUAAAAAGUAAUGAAAGUAUAAUUUGCCAGCCAGAUCCCUCAAAGUAUAUAAUGUAGUUUUUAUGGUAUUUUUUAUGCUACUUGCGCUUAAUUAUAUUGGAGAUGCUGAUCCAAUACUUUAAAGUAUUACUACACCCCUGACAGAUAACAAUUAUCAUGCUUUCUUUCAACGUUUCAUCACUUGUAAAUCACCUCCACUUGGAAUACUGUUUGUGUGGGAAUGUCUUUAACAAGUAUAAACAAACAUCAUUCUGAUUAUCUUGCUUGGCUGUUUAUAAAUCUUUGUCAAAUUAGGCAUGAUUGAAAAAGUUUUGAAAAUAAAACAUGCAAGUAGUAUAAACAGUUAACAUACAUGAAGUAUUGCCUGCAAUAAUUAGGAACCAUCAUCGUUACAAAAUUCACGUAAAUACAAUUUCAACCAUCACCAUCUUAAUAAUUAAAUGUAAAACCCUAACUUGCAUGCAUAAUGUUAAGUCCAAAAUAUUGCACAGUGAUGAUUUUUGUGUCAAUAAUGUUUGAGCUGUCAUUUUUGUUGUGUUUGCAACAAAGUAACUCAUCUUUAUUGUACUACAUUAUUGUGUUAAAGAUGUUGCUCUCAGCCAUUAAUUUCCCAUUAUUUUCUCAAUAAAUGUAUGUCAUGGAGUGAGAAUAUGUCAAACAAAUUAUUUUUUCUUUCAAUGCUACACAAUACAAUAAUUAUUAUAUUAUUUUUGUUAUGCCCCUGGUAGGGUGGCAUAUAACAGCUGAACUGUCCGUUAGUCAGUCAGGCAGUCAUUCCGUCCAUCCCAAAACUUUAACAUUGCCCAUAACUUUUGCAAUAUUAAAGAUAGCAACUUGAAAUUUGGCAUGCAUGUGUAUCUCAUGGAGCUGCGCAUUUUGAGUGGUGAAAGGUCAAGGUCAUCCUUCAAAGGUCGAAUAUAUGGCGUCUGUCAGUCCGUCCGAAAACUUUAACAUUGCCCAUAACUUUUGCAAUAUUGAAGAUAGCACUUGAUAUUUGGCAUGCAUGUGUAUCUCAUAAAAUUUUGAGUGGUGAAAGGUCAAGGUCAAGUCCAUCCUUCAAGGUCAAAAGUCAACUUUUGAAAUAUUGAAGAUAGCAACUUGAUAUGGGUGAAAGGUUAAGGUAAUCCUUCAAGGUCAAAUGUCCAAUAUAUGGUGUCUGUUUGUCCGUCCGAAAACUUUGACAUUGGCCAUAACUUUUGCAAUAUUGAAUGAAGAUAGCUACUUGAUAUUUGGCAUGCAUGUGUAUCUCAUGGAGCUGCACAUUUUGAGUGGUGAAAGGUGAAAGUCAUUCUUCAAGGUCAAAGGUCAAAUAUAUGGCUUCAAAGUGGCGCAGUGGGGGCAUUGUGUUUCUGACAAACACAUCUUUUGUUUGUGUUUGUUAUAACGAAUACAAAUUUCUCGAUGUUGACAUCCUCAAGCCGUUUCAUUUGCAUAUUUUGCUGUACUGUUAAUCACUUUAUAUGUGCGUUCUGUUUUAUUUCAACUUAUUAACAGUUUAGUAAUGAAUCGCUUUAUAUGUGAGUUCUGUUUUAUUUCAACUUAUUAACAGCUUAGUAAUGAAUCGCUUUAUAUGUGCGUUCUGUUUUAUUUUCAACAUAUUUACAGUUUAGAAAUGAAUUGCUUUAUAUGUUUGUUUUGUUUUAUUUAACUUAUCUACAGUUUAGUAAUAAACAAUUAAAAAAAGUAAAAAAUAAUGGUGCAAUAAAUAAAUUUAUGGUUAGUCACUUUUUAUGCCCAUCUUUGAAGAAGAGGGGGUAUAUUGUUUUGCACAUGUCGGUCCGUCCGUCGGUCCGUCCACCGAAUGGUUUCCGGCUGAUAACUCAAAAACGCUUACACCUAGGAUCAUGAAACUUCGUAGGUACAUUGAUCAUGACUCGCAGAUGACCCCUAUUGAUUUUCAGGUCACUAGGUCAAAGGUCAAGGUCACUGUGAUUAGAACCAGUAAAAUGGUUUCCAGAUGAUAACUCAAGAAGGCUUACGCAUAGGAUCAUGAAACUUCAUAGGUACAUUGAUCAUGACUUGCAGAUGACCCCUAUUGAUUUUCAGGUCACUAGGUCAAAGGUCAAGGUCAGAGUGACUUGACACAGAAAAAUGGUUUCUGGAUGAUAACUCAAGAAAGCUUACGCCUAGGAUCAUGAAACUUCAUAUGUACAUUGAUCAUGACUAGCAGAUAACCCCUAUUGAUUUUCAGGUCAAUAGGUCAAAGGUCAAGGUGACUCAAACCAGUAAAAUGGUUUCCGGAUGAUAACUCAAGAACGCUUACGCCUAGGAUCAUGAAACUUCAUUGGUACAUUGAUCAUGACUCGCAGAUGACCCCUAUUGAUUUUCAGGUCACUAGGUCAAAAGUCAAGGUCAUGGUGACUCAAACCAGUAAAAUGGUUUCCGGCUGAUAACUCAAGAACGCUUAUGCCUAGGAUCAUGAAACUUCAUAGGUAUAUUGAUCAUGACUCGCAGAUGACCCCUAUUGAUUUUCAGGUCACUAGGUCAAAGGUCAAGGUCACGGUGACUCAAACCAGUAAAAUGGUUUCCGGCUGAUAACUCAAAAACGCUUACGCCUAGGAUCAUGAAACUUCAUAGGUACAUUGAUCAUGACUCGCAGAUGACCCCUCUUGAUUUUCAGGUCACUAGGUCAAAGGUUAAGGUCGCGGUGACUUGACACAGUAAAAUGGUUUCCGGAUGAUAACUCAAGAAAGCUUAUGCCUAGGAUCAUGAAACUUCAUAGAUACAUUGAUCAUGACUCGCAGAUGAGCCCUAUUGAUUUUCAGGUCACUAGGUCAAAGGUCAAGGUCACAGUGACAAUAAACGUAUUCACACAAUGGCUGCCACUACAACUGACAGCCCAGUUGCAUGUUUUACAAACAGCCCUUGUUAUAUCAUGUGGUCUUCUAAUAGGGUGUGUGAAAAGACUCAGCAAGCCUCACCUUUUCCUAUGCCAUACAAGAAUGAUAUUAGAUGAUGUCUAAAGUCAACAACCAAAUAUUCUAUAUUUAUGCCCCCUUUCGAAGAAGAGGGGGUAUAUUGCUUUGCUCAUGUCGGUCGGUCGGUCGGUCGGUCGGUAGGUCGGUCGGUCGGUCGGUCCGUCCACCAGGUGGUUGUCGUAUGAUAACUCGAGAACGCAAAAGCCUAGGAUCAUGAAACUUCAUAGGUAGAUUGAUCAUGACUCGCAGAUGACCCCUAUUGAUUUUGAGGUCACUAGGUCAAAGGUCAAGGUCACGGUGACCCGAAAUAGUAAAAUGGUUUUCGGAUGAUAACUCAAGAAGGCAUACGCUUAGGAUCAUGAAACUUCAUGGGUAGAUUGAUCAUGACUCGCAGAUGACCCCUAUUGAUUUUGAGGUCACUAGGUCAAAGGUCAAGGUCACGGUGACCCGAAAUAGUAAAAUGGUUUCCGGAUGAUAACUCAAGAACGCAUACGCCUAGGAUCAUGAAACUUCAUGGGUAGAUUGAUCAUGAAUCGCAGAUGACCCCUAUCAAUUUUGAGGUCACUAGGUCAAAGGUCAAGGUCACGGUGACCCGAAAUAGUAAAAUGGUUUCCGGAUGAUAACUCAAGAACGCAUACGCCUAGGAUCAUGAAACUUCAUGGGUAGAUUGAUCAUGACUCGCAGAUGACCCCUAUCAAUUUUGAGGUCACUAGGUCAAAGGUCAAGGUCACGGUGACCCGAAAUAGUAAAAUGGUUUCCGGAUGAUAACUCAAGAACGCAUACGCCUAGGAUCAUGAAACUUCAUAGGUAGAUUGAUCAUGACUUGCAGAUGACCCCUAUUGUUUUUGAGGUCACUAGGUCAAAGGUCAAGGUCACGGUGACCUGAAAUAGUAAAAUGGUUUUCGGAUGAUAACUCAAGAACGCUUUUGCCUAGGAUCAUGAAACUUCAUAGGUAGAUUGAUCAUGACUCGCAGAUGACCCCUAUUGAUUUUGAGGUCACAAGGUCAAAGGUUAAGGUCACGGUGACCCGAAAUAGUAAAAUGUUUUUCGGAUGAUAACUCAAGAACGCUUUUGCCUAGGAUCAUGACACUUCAUAGGUACAUUGAUCGUGACUCGCAGAUGACCCCUAUUGAUUUUCAGGUCACUAGGUCAAAGGUCAAGGUCACAGUGACAAAAAUCGUGCUCACACAAUGGCUGCCACUACAAUGGACAGCCCAUAUGGGGGGCAUGCAUGUUUUACAAACAGCCCUUGUUUUACCUUGGUUUGGAGGAUUGAUGUAAUAAUGACAAAACAAAAAGAGUUGUCAUUAUAGUUGAUAAAUAGAUUGCAAUAAUUUGUACUUGGAUCAAAUUAAGUAAUCUUGGAUUUGGAAUAACACAUGUGAAGUAAAGUAAAGGUUGAAAAAGGUGCUUUAAAAUAUAUUUUACAUGAAGAAUUUUGCAUUUUAAAUUUUUACAAUUAUAAAGAUGUUUGGAUAAUUUUUUAUUGUUGACAGUGUAAUCAGGUCAAUAGAAAAAUCUGGUAUAUUUUAGUCAUCAUGUUUGUGUUAGGAAACAAAAUGUACUUGGCGUUUAAAGUAUAAAUUUAUAUCAAAAUAUGAUCAUGUUGUUGGUUUGUUUUUCAUGAUGUUUGCUGUAGAGAAAAUCUUUGUAUUUACAAAUUAUCUUUGUUGUUAUUGUUACUCAUUUAAAAAAUGUAUUAACCAAU